GAGAGAGUGGGAGCUGCAGACUGAUAGAGACAGAGAGGAGGAGAGAGCAGAGACCAGCAGCACUUCUGUCUCUGUCGGUUGCCUCUUGAGCACCGCUGCCGGGCUGCUGCUGACUGCGAGUGGGUCCUGUCGCUCAGUGGCUGCACACACAAAUCUGUGUUCAGCUGGUUCCGGUUGUAGCGGUGCCACGCAUGGGGGGAGGUUUGAUAUUCCUCGCUCUGGACUUGACUUUAAACCGACGAUCCCCAGCCAAAUCUGGCAUAUUCUCUCAUGAAGAUGGGAAAUGCCUCAGAAACAUAUCUGCAGGUGUCCAACAUAUCCAAAGACAAUGACUUCCUCAUGGGAACUAUCUACGCCAUCUUUGGUGUGCUGUCGGUGCUGGGAAAUGGGAUCCUGCUGUUCGUGGCCUUUAGGAAGAAGUCCUCCCUGAAGCCUGCUGAGUACUUUGUGGUUAAUCUGGCCAUCAGUGACCUGGGCAUGACCACAACCCUGUUUCCACUGGCUAUCCCCUCAGCCUAUGCUCACAUGUGGCUGUUCACUGAAACGGCGUGCACCGUCUACGCCUUCUGUGGCGUUUUGUUUGGCCUGUGCAGUCUGACCAACCUCACCGUGCUCUCCUGCGUCUGCUGGCUCAAGGUCUGCUGCACAAACUACGGUAACAAGUUUUCGUACAGCCACGCUAGCCUGCUGGUUGCUGGGGUCUGGUGCUACGCUGGAGUCUUUGCUGUGGGGCCCCUGUCGGGCUGGGGAGAGUACGGGGCAGAGCCCUACGGCACAGCAUGCUGCAUCGACUGGUACGCGCCCAGCCAAAACACCGCAGCUAUGACCUACAUCAUCUGCCUCUUCUUCUUCUGCUACAUCGUCCCCUGCACUGUCAUCUUCCUGUCCUACACAUUCAUCCUUCUGACCGUCAGGGGCUCCCGCCAGGCUGUGCAGCAGCAUAUGUCCCCGCAGAACAAGAUCACCAAUGCGCAUGCACUCAUCAUUAAGCUUUCUUUGGCAGUUUGCACCGGUUUCCUGACAGCAUGGAGUCCAUAUGCUAUUGUGUCCAUGUGGGCAGGGUUUGGUAACCCAGCAGCUGUACCACCCAUGGCUUUUGCUCUGGCAGCGAUUUUUGCCAAGUCCUCCACCAUAUACAACCCUAUUGUCUACCUGUUCUUCAAGCCCAACUUCCGCAAGUCUCUGUGUCGCGAUAUGGCCCUGUGCAGAACGACACUCUGUGGCACGCAGAAGGGAACUUGCAGGCAGUCUCAUCACAAAGAAGUAUGCAACUCUACAAGGUUUUCCAAUGGGCUGCCAGAGAGCCACAGGACCUGCAGACACUGCCCUUGCCCUGAAGCUGUCAUUGGUACAAGAGAGAACCCGGCCGACAGCAGCCCCCAGCAGACUGCCAGGAUACUUAAAGGAUCUCUGCAGAAUGAGGUGGCCGUCAGUCAGCUCUCCAACGAGUUGCAGAGCGACUUCCUCUAGACAAACAAACACACCCGGACAGUGAGGAGGUACAAAAAAAAAAUAUGACAGGAGACAAAGAGACAGUAAAAAUGAAGGUUGAAAGACACUACUUGCACGGUGUGGGAAAAAAUGAAAAUGUAAUUAAAAACAAAAAAGAUCAGGAUUGACUAAAGGGAAGGUCAAAGUUUGAGAAAACCUUUUGAACUUUCUUAAUGCCUCAAAUAUGUGAUACUGCCAAAAACAUGGUUGCACAGUUAAAAGCCAAUAUAGAAGGAUAAAUGAGCCAAACUGCCAACAUGCAACAACAGACGUGUACGUCGAAUCAACUUGAUCACAUUUUCUGAUCAGCUUUCAGCAAACUAGACAGAGAAUCCACAGAAUUCAAGCUGGAUUUAGAGGGAGGAGCUGAUACUGAAACUCUGUACUCCCUGAGCUACUUUUUAUGUAUUUAUUAUAGGGGUACUGUAUUAGAUGUUAGAAGUAUUUAUUCAUGCAUGCUUCAAUUGAAAGAACCACAGGGUUAUUGUUGUUAUGGAAAAGAAAAUUGGUGUUGUCUGCUCAUUGCAGAAGAUAAUAGAGAAAAGAUUUGAAUUAAGCCUCAUUACUUUAGCCACAGUGGGGUGGCCUCUUCAUUCUUAACGUUGUUAAGAAUGAACCCCUGUGGUAAAGAUUUGGCUUAGUGAGCCUACAUGUGUAGAAAAAUGAACAUGGACAUUUCACCCCAGGGUUGUUACAGUAGAUUGAUUCUUCCGUAGUGAGGAGCUGCCAAUGUCCAUCAUGCCUAAUUAGUCCAGGGCAGAAGACAUGGCUGAAUUUUAGAAGCAGGGGUCCGCUAAUCCUCAAGAUAGCGACAGAAAAGCAGUUUGAGCAUGAAACCAAAAUGUACCGUUUCGGAGGUCUGUGUGAAAUAAUCUACACAUUUCAAAUUGUACAAAACAUUUAACACAUUUUUGAAUUUGAGCAUUUUUAAAAUUUGAUUCUGUCUUAUUUUUACAAAUGAAUGUAGUGUUUAUCUAAAAGAGGCAACAUAUUUAUCUAGAAGGAGGUUGUAAGUGGAGUGUAAAACGAAUAACCAUCAGUCAGAUGAUGACCAGGUUAUAAACACACCAGUGUUUCAGCUAUUUCAAACCCAAAGUGCACGUAUAAAAGAAGAAGCUUCAUGUUCAUUUGGGGUUUAAAAGAAUCCAAACAAUCCGCAAAUGAAGAGAAACACAGUGUGUGUAACCAAAUUCAACAGCUCAAAGUUGCCAGAAGGUCUUUCUGCAAACUCUGGUGGGAAAUAAACGUUGCCUCCAUUUUCUCCUUUAAAAACAUUUGUCUAAUCAGGGCUUUGCUUAAAACCUGUAUGGGGUCAAACUUCUACCGCUCAUCUGAUUACAUUUACGCUUUGUUGCUACAUUCGUAAAAUCAAGCAAUUAACAGAUUCGUUUUUCAAAUAUACUGAGUAACCAACAGCAACAAGUGCUGAAAAUCUAUGAAAAUAAGUAAUAAACUGGAAUUAUCUUUUGUUGUGCUCAGAUUACCGUCAGUGAAGCUUAUAUGUGUGUGCGUGAACAUGAGAGAAGACAGUGCGUGUGUGCGCGUGUUUAUAUAUAUAUAUAUAUAUAUAUAAUAUGCCUCUGUGAGCAUGUACUUUCGUAAGGCAGGAACACAAGCAUGCAGGUCCUUAAAAAAGAAGCUAACAAUGUACCAGCAAAUUCUUUUAGGCCAGAUACACAUACAGCAAAGAAUCUGAAAUGUGCAUAUUAAACAUCAAGCCAUUAUAGGAUAUAGCAAAAGGAGGAGAAAAUAAACUAUGUCUAUGCAUGGAUAAAGGCCACUUGCCUUCAUUGCUCCUCUUGCCUCUUUGAAAAGCAGAGAGCCUGAUUUUCUGUAAAAAGAUUCGCUACAUGAGACACCGGUCUUUGCCUCAGCAUCUGCCAAAAUUAUCCCACCAUCAAAAAAAUGCCCAGCAAGCAUAAUUGAGCUUGACCACAGAAUUUGUCCAAUAAGCAGUUUUUUGCUGUUCCCCCUCACUUCCAGUUGAUGACCUACGCUGUGAGAACAAAAGACCUGCCACGGACAUUAAUUAGAUCUGCUCGAGCGCAUGUUGUGGUUGACUGGCAUGACUUUCAUGCCAUGUAAUGACUCAUCGCGUUACCAAGGUGAGAGGAAAGAUUGCAGCUGUUUGCAGUUUCCACAAAACACCUGACAAUAAACCACCUUUGCCACUUGAACUAAUACUCUCAAUUGAGCGUUUCACAGAAUCUCCAGGCUUUGGGGUGAGACCCAUGUUUAUUCAGAGCUUAUUGGCCUUUUAGCUAUGGGCUUAGGCCGUGGUCAGACCAAUAUUAGCGCUGCAUGAAAAAAACACUGCCCCCCAAAUUCUCCCCGGUGACGCCACUACAUCGACGCAGACGGCUCCUGCGAAAAAACACAUCAUCAGAGACAACUUUCCCAUUUAAAUUGUCUCAUUGGUGGGAACCUGAAUGGGUAAUUUCUCCCGUUUCUACUUUCCCAACGUUGAGGAGGAGGAUAAAAUGAUUGGAUCACAACCCAGAGGUGUGCCGUUGAAGUUUGGGUCUAUAGGGCUAAGUUAUCAGAUGAAGUAAAGGAAGCCUCAGGCUGUCGCUAGCCCGAGUUAGUUCCGGUGCAGUGCUUAUACAUCUACAUGGAAGAAAGCCUCACUGCUGUAAAAACAUGCAGCGUUUGCAAAGACAAACAGACCUUUCCACUGACAUAGAGAGUCGAUUUUUCUAUCUGGAGUAUAUAUUUCUUUCAGUUAACUCACAGCUAUUCUUACACCGCCAUGGAUGCACAGGGUAGAGCUGAUAACUGUUUCUGUUCAAAAAAAACUUGCCACUGUGGUGUGUCAAGAAUGAUCCUGGUUUUAAGUUGGCUUUGACGCCGAGGAGAAAGGGGGUGUAAAAGCUCUAGGAUAUGAGAAGUGCAAAGGAAUUUCACUCUUGUCACGCUGGAACCAAAGGUUCUGUUCAAAUGUUGUAUUGGACACUUGUAUUUUUCUACCUAUAAAUACUGUAGGUGAUGAUGAAUAGAACAUGCAUAUCAAUUACUUGGCUUUCAGUCCCUUUCUGGAGGAACAGGACUUUGUUCCUGAGCAAAGAUGGACAUACAAACCAGGAAACUCAAAUGUGAAAAUCAGAUUCUGAUGACUUUUUUUUUUUCUAUUUUUCUGUUCUACUCAAGGAACAAAUACUGCAAGUACCUGGGUGUAUAUACUGUAUCACUAGCCAUUCCCAGCAAAGUAAUUUCCACUGGCUUCACUCAUUCAAAAAAAUGUAUAUAUUUAUCAGACGUCAGGGAUUUCAUAUAGACAUUGCUUUGCAUGUGUAUAGAUAUGAUGUUUGACCAGAUGCCUAAUUUAAUUCUUAUAUUAUCAUGAAUAUCAGCUUAAGUGUGUGAAAAGGGGAUGGACAAAAGCCUUUGCACUUCCUCGAAAUGAGGAGAUGGAUUUUAUUUUUGUUAUUUCAGCUUCUGACUUGUGGCAUGGAAAAGUGUUUCCAUGUUUUUCUUAUAAAAGGAUUUCCUACAAAACAGCUUCCAGGUUUGUGGCCUCACUCACUGCAGCUGGAAUCUACUUUCUUUUAACCCUCAUAUAGUUUUGCAAGAGAAGCAUAAACUUACCUGGACUUAUGUCUUGAUAGCAGGAUUAGUAAUAUUACACAGCCUCAAAAUAAUGGCCAUUACUUUGGAUUAUUACUUAAAUUUCAUCUCCCACUAUGGUGUUGUUGUAAUAAUCAAAGUGGGAAAUUAUGUAAGUAAUUGUAUAUGCAGUUUCUAUGAAGGUGACCAUUUCUACCUCCCAGUUAAUCUUGGAAUGUAUUUGUGGCUGUUGUUGCUCAGUUUGAAUUGGAGAUAUGCAACAUCUCCCCUUUUAUCUUGGGCAAAGCAAACGCCCAGUUCUCGGGAGAUUUGCAAAUGUAGACUGCAUUGUAUGACGCUGGCAUUAUGUGGAUACAAAUACACACAAGUUUUCCAAAACCGACCAGCUUUUAAGACACAAAUAAGGCUGAAUGUAAUGUGUUGUACAUCUAUGUAUGUUUGUAUAUGGAGGGAAAAGUCUGUCUAUCUAUCUAAAUAGGUUUUAAAAUAUUAUGACAUUAUAAUUAUUGAAAUUAUUAUCAUUGUUGUAAGUGAAGUUUCAGACGCACUGUGAAAAAUGUUUACAUCUUUAGUUGUUUUGUUUUUUUGUUGCUGUUGUUUUUGACAAAUAUUGAGGAUUGUAUGAAAAGUGUUCAAUACAACCAUCUAAGGGCAUAUCAUUUGUUUUGGAGAAAAAUGAAUUAUAAAUAAAUGUAAUUUCAGGAUUCCGUGAAUGAGAA